AAUUACUAGCAACAAUUCACUGUAUUUAAGAUUUCUCUUUUGUAAAGAUCCAUCUUAGUAAGUCGGAAUUGUGAAUUUUCGUGCUUUUAAAACAAAGUUACGUUAAUGGUGGCUCCUUUUUGCACGUAAAGAAGGUACAGUGUAGCAAUGUGGAUAACGAAUACUGUAAUAAGGUCUUAAAGUUUCAAAGAAUAGUAUAGUGAUUCAGAAGAAGAAGCUAGCGAUUCAUUAAUUAAGUGAAAAAGAAUAGGAGCAAAAAUAAAUUACAUCUAUCCGAUUUUUCGACCUUCAAUUGAUAAGUUAUCUGAAAACAUGUCCGUGACCUUUGCUCAGCGCGGCAGGCCGCCACCGAAUCCUGCUCAAAUACAGAAAAUGCUUGAUGAAAAUAGUCAGCUUAUACAAACAAUUCAGGAAUAUCAAAAUAAAGGAAAACCUCAAGAAUGUAUACAAUAUCAGCAAAUGCUACACCGUAAUUUGGUAUAUUUGGCAUCCAUUGCUGAUGCAAAUCAAAAUAUACAAGCAUUAUUACCUCCUCCACAAGGAAUUUCUAAUGGGCCGCAACAUGGUAUGAUGAACCCACAAGGUCUUCCUAAUGCUCCUACAGGUUCAAGUGGACCUGGAGGUGAUAUGCCUCCAAAUACUCAACCAACAUUACCAAUGUCAACCUUUAGUCAAGGACAACCAAUAUCGCAAGGUGGAUACCGUGGUCCAGUUAUGCCUGGACAAGGUCCUGCUAUAAAUAGACCUCCUACUGCUCCUGGACCACAACAAUAUAGAGGACCACAAGGAUAUCCUCAACAACCUUCUCAACAAAGUUAUCCUACUCAGUAUGCCAAUCAAACUCCAGGAUCUAAUUAUCAAGGACCACAGGGAUCAGCAUAUACUCCAGGUCAACCAAAUCAAUAUGGAUCACCAAACACAUCUCAACAACCGGGAUAUAGUACAUCAACACAACCAACUUAUGGUCCACCAACUACUGUGAAUAGUUACGGUCCACAGCCAGGUGGAUAUCCACCACCAGGAACAACUCAGCCCCCUACAGGAUAUGGUCCACCACCACCAAAUCAGCAAAACUACCCACCUUCUAAUCCUUCUCAACAGAAUUUUCCAUCAAGUGGGCAACAACAACAACCUGGACAAUAUGGUAGUCCUAGUCCACAACCAAAUUAUCAACAACCUCCAUCUCAAGCUCCACCACAAAAUGCAUAUGGAGGUGGUCAACCUGGAAAUUAUCCUCCUCCUUCAUCGCAAGCAUAUGCAAACAAUGUUCCGCCUCAAAAUUACCCAGCUCCUCCUACAUCUAAUGCUCAACCCCCUCAACCUGGAUCUCAACAAAAUACUGGUCCUCAACCAAAUUAUGGUAAUCAGCCAAGCCCUGGACCUGGUGCAACACAAUAUGGUCCAGCUUCCACAUCUCCACCAUUUAGUACUGCCUCUGCCAGUGGAGUAAAUACCUAUGCUCAGAGUAGUCAACAGACUAGUACACCAUCAGCUUCUACUCAAACGUACCCACCAAGUAGUGCUCCACCACCUACUUCACAGGGAGGAAGUUACGCUCCUCCAGGUCCUGCUCCAUCUGGAUAUCCUGUGCAUCAAACACCACAUCCAACAUCACAUCCACCACAUCAACCACCUCAUCAAUCUCCACAUCAACCUCCUCAUGCACCCCAUCAACCAUCUCAUCAACCUUCACAUCAAUCAACUCAUCAACCUCCUGCACAUCAAUCUCCACAUCAAUCACAACAGUCUCAACAGCAAUCUCAGACACCACCACAGUCUCAGCAGCAACAGUCUCAAAAUACUGCUCCAAGUGGAUUUCAACCACCUUCAGGACCACCACAAGGUCCUGCUCCACCACCAGGACCACAACCACAGCCUGGAUAUGGUCCAGCUACUACACAGACAUAUGUACCACCAACACCAGGCGGACAGCCACAGGUAUAUACUCCUCAUCCGCCUCAAGGUGGUCAACAUUAUGGACAUCCACAGUAUCCUCCUCAAAGUUAUCCACCACCACCAGCAGGACAGGGAUACCCUCAAUAUCCACCACGACCACCUGGUGGUCACAUGCCUCCUCCUCCUGGACCUCAAGGACCUCCACCACCAAAUCAGUAUGGUGGUUAUGGAUAUCAACCGCCUCCACAAUAAAAUACAUAUUAAUGUAAAUUCGUACGAUAUUCAUUCUAAUAUAAAAAUGAUUUAACUACAAACGCAGAACAAAUGGUAUAUAAAA